AGUUAAGCGGAUUCUCCCCUUAGUACCUUUGCCGUGCUACAUUUUGAACCUGGUGGAAUUGAACUGAGUUUAACGCUAUGUUUGAGAUGGCAAGUGCACAGGAAUGGCGUAAAGUAUUUACCAAAAGGCUAAAUGAUAGAGAUGCCGCCUUAAAAAAACUACCUUUUGCUGAAAGCAGUUUGAGUGAAAAAACAAUAUCUAAUGAGACUAAUGAAAUGUUGGAAUUUGUAAGGGCAUCCUUAAACAGAGGCCCUUCCGCUUCGUUUAUACUGACCUUAUACCUCGCCAUAUCUUUUUUGGCUUCUCUGGUUGUCGGUAAUAUCAAGCUUAUCUCUCUUUUUGAAGUUAUGGCAUCUUGUGGUGAUCAUGAAGUUAAGACAGGAAAAAAUUAUGAUAGCUUACUUAUGUGCCAAAAAUUUGAGAAGCUGUUCAUAAGUGGUGCUUCAGGAUACCUAAAUUUUCCUUUUCUUAAAGCUGCAAGGAAGGUUCUCAUCAAAUACGAAGAUCUUAACGAAGGCGUUAAUAUUUCUUUUCCAAGCCUAAAGGAACUGGAAUUAUUUUCUUUUAUUGGAACGAACCAACCAUCUAUAAGCAUAAGUGUUCCUAGAGCGAAAAGAUUCGAAAAAAUUAGAAUCGAAGGACUAUCUUCUGACCAAAAAGAUUUGGAUUUCGGUACUUUGGAAUUGGUUGAAGAGCUAAAAAUAUCUAACUCAGCUUUUGAACUAAUCAAUUUAUCUUCUUUGCGAAUUGUUGAAAGACUCAUCUUCUCAAAAGUCAGUUUUAAUUUGCUAAAAGCUCCAAAAUUAGAAACUGUGAUGAAACUGGAUGCUAAUGAGCUUUAUUCAAAUAAACCCAUCCAACUCCAGUUAAAUAAUUUAAUGGAAUGUGAUACUUUUUCGGUCAUGAGUUCGAAAGUCUUAGAUUCUCUGUCUCUUCCUUCUUUAAAAAGCACUAAGACUUUCUAUUUGGAUCAAAUAGAAUUUUCCAAUGGGUCAUUAGAACUUCCCAGUUUGCAAACAACAGCAGUUUUUAACAUUAUGAAUAUUAAAAAUCUACAAACAGUCAAUCUCUCAGGUGCUGUUAAUAUAGAGAGGGUCCUUGUACUGCAUACAAUGGGAAUCCGCAAGUUUAGUUCGAGUGCUCAGGAGGCACAGUAUCUUGGAUUUAUAGAAAACAUGGAUUUGACGGGAAUCCAGCUUCCUUUUCUAACUAAAGCAGAGAUUUCUUUAGAUGAAAACAUGCUUAUAAAGUCUCUAAGUUUACCAUCACUAGAGUCUGGAGAAGUCUUGUUGAAAAAUUGCGACAAAAUUGAAGAGCUGUUUAUACCCCGCUUUAAUAAUGGAGGGCUUGCUUUAAUAUCUAACCCUGAACUAAGCACUUUGAAUAUAUCAAACUUUAAAAAGACCACUGCCGCAAUCCUUUUUGGUUGUCCCAAGAUAAAAGAGAACCCUCUAAAAAGGAUCUCUAAAGGUAAUGAGCCUCUUUCGAUUGCACUAAUGCUUGCUAUUAAAGAGUGCAAGUUAGAGACUUCAGGGACUUGUGUAUCUAUAUAUGAAACAAGCUAAGGUUAAGUUAUGUGGGUAACAACAAGAAAUAAAAACUUU